AUGUCCAGCGCACGAUUCGCCGACGAGCCGCCCCAGGUUAUCAACCAGGCCGACCUCGAUCUUGCCAACGAGAAGCUGGAAUCGCGCGAUGAACGUCCCGCAGAAGGUAACAACAGUGGUGACACGACCAGCGACCAACUGUCCGCAAAAGAACGAGAUCCCCCUGGGGACUUGGACCAUGCCAACAACAAUGGAGCCAAGCUCGAGAAGCUGGGUACCUACGACAAAUAUGAAAUUACCGAGGACGACUGUUACGAUGAGCUGGGCUACUCGUUUCCCAAAUGGAAGAAGUGGUACAUUCUUACCGUCAUCUUUUGGGUCCAGGUGUCGAUGAACUUCAACACCUCGCUUUACUCCAACGCUAUUACAGGCAUCUCGGAGGAGUUCGGCGUCAGUGCCCAAGGCGCCCGUUGUGGUGCCAUGAUCUUCCUGGUUCUUUACGCCUUCGGCUGCGAGCUGUGGGCCCCGUGGUCCGAGGAAUUCGGCCGGUGGCCGGUGCUCCAGCUCUCGCUCUUCUUCGUCAACAUCUUCCAGCUCCCCGUGGCCCUUGCGCCGAACUUCGCCUCCAUUAUGGUAGGCCGCGCCCUCGGUGGCUUAUCGUCUGCCGGUGGCUCCGUCACGCUUGGCAUGAUUGCCGACUUGUUCGAAUCUGAUAAGCAACAGUAUGCUGUCGCCUAUGUUGUCUUUUCAUCUGUCUUUGGGUCUGUGCUUGGUCCGAUUGUGGGCGGUUUCACAGAGUCCUAUCUGCAUUGGAGAUGGUCCAUUUGGGUUCAGCUCAUCUUUGGAGGUGCCGUGCAGCUGUUGCACUUCUUCACCGUCCCCGAGACCCGUAGCACCAUCAUGAUGAACCGCAUCGCCAAGAAGCGCAGAAAGGAGGGUAACCCGAACAUUUGGGGUCCUGAUGAGCUUGUUCCCUUCAAGGACCGCUUUUCCGCCAAGGAAGUCAUCACGACGUGGGUGCGUCCCUUCAAGAUGUUCCUCACCGAGCCCAUCGUGUUGGUCCUGUCGCUUCUCUCCGGCUUCUCCGAUGCCCUCAUCUUCAUGUUUAUCCAGUCGUUCGUCCUGGUCUAUCAACAGUGGAACUUUUCAACCGUCGAUGUUGGUUUGGCCUUCAUUCCCAUUGGCAUCGGUUACCUCAUUGCUUGGGCAAUCUUCAUCCCUGCCAUCAAGCGCAACAUCAAGGAGCGCAAAGCUAAGCCUCAUGACGACAGGGCGCAGUACGAAUCUCGCCUUUGGUUCCUCUUGUACACGGCGCCCUGCUUGCCCAUUGGACUCAUCGGUUUCGCCUGGACGAUCCAGGGUCCUCCCAUUCAUUGGAUCGGAUCCAUGAUUUUCGCUGCCAUCGUCGGUAUCGCCAACUACGCCAUUUACAUGGCUACAAUCGACUACAUGAUUUGCGCAUAUGGACCGUACAGCGCCUCUGCCACGGGCGGCAAUGGCUGGGCUCGCGAUUUUCUAGCUGGAGUUCUCACGGUCCCCGCAACCCCUUUUUUCACCAAUAUCGGAGCGGACAGCGGAAAGAACCUCGAAUACGCAUGCACUAUUCUCUUCUGCAUUUCAUUCCUGCUGGUAGCUGCUGUCUACAUAAUCUACUGGAAGGGACCUGCUCUCCGUGCCCGUUCGCCAUUUGCCCAGAAGCUGGCUGUUGCCAGAGAGGAUACUGGCGGCCGACGUCUGUCCUACGCCCCCGGCGAUCGACCAGGCAGUGAGUUGACCUGUGAUGCUGCUGGUGCUGAUGCGCCAGAUCGCCCCCCUUACCGACGUCAAUGGAGCCAGUCAUCGCGCUUCUUUGGUGAAAGCAGAGUGACUCCUCGCGGUACCCCAAGAGGAACGCCGUCGGCCAGCAGAGCCAAUAGCAUAUCAAAUGUCAACAGGCGCCCGGUUGCGAGAUAA